CCUGCGGAACCUGUCGGGCGGCUCAGACCGCUCCGCCGCCGCGCACGCACCGCUCCCUCUCUGCCCGCGUCCCCGAGGACUUUCCCCCGUCCUCUCCGCGCCCUGCCGCCCGCCCCAGCCAUGAAGCCGCUCUGCGGGGCUGCGCUCCUCCUGCUGCUCUGCGCCGCCGCCACUGCCCAGCAGAACUCGUGUGUCUGCGAGAAGAACAAGCGUGUCACCAACUGCAGGGUGGAAGAGGGCCGCUGCCGCUGCGACGCCAUCGGCUCCGGCGUCACCGUGGACUGUAGCACCCUGACUUCAAAAUGCCUGUUGAUGAAAGCAGAAGUGACGGGCUCAAAAUCGGGUCGUCGUGAGAAACCAAAAGAUGCGAUUGAAGAUACCGAUGGCCUCUAUGAUCCUGAGUGUGAAAAUAGUGGUGCUUUCAAGGCGAAGCAGUGCAAUGGAACCACCUGUUGGUGUGUGAAUACAGCUGGAGUUAGAAGAACUGACAAACAUGAUGCAGACUUGAAGUGCAAUCGAUUAGUCAGAACGACGUGGAUCAUCAUUGAAAUGAAACAUGCCGAAAGAAAUGCUCCUCUGAACGCUGAAUCUUUAAAGAAGUUUUUCACGGAUGCCAUUACCAGUCGCUAUCAGCUGGAUGACCGCUAUAUAAGCAGUGUUCUGUAUAAAAACCCUUACAUUACUAUUGAUUUGAAGCAAAAUUCCUCAGACAAAUCGUUUGGAGGUGUGGAUAUAGCUGAUGUGGCCUACUACUUCGAAAAGGAUGUGAAAGGUCAAUCCAUCUUUCAUAAUAAUCCUGGGCUAAACGUCAGCAUUGACAACGAAGAGGUGAAGCUUGAGAGGACAGUGGUCUACUACGUUGAUGAAAUUGCACCAGAGUUUUCCAUGAAGUCUCUGACUCCUGGCCUUAUUGCUGUCAUUGUAGUGGUAGUAAUAGCAAUAGUGGCUGCAAUUGUUGUUCUGGUCCUCACAAGGAGGAGGAAAGGGAAGUACGUGAAAGCUGAGGUGAAGGAAAUGAAUGAAAUGCAUAGAGGACUGAAUCCUUAACUUAAUCAACUGAAGACAAGUGAGAUUCAAGCAAAGAAGACGACAAAAACAUUGGAAGCAUGAAUCUUAACUCUUAAAAGUUCUGAAUUCCCCUUCUGAAAGGGAGGCAAUUGUGCUCACUUAAUGAUUGUUUAAACUCUUAACAACCAAGACUGGUACAGCUACUUUUACUAUUUGUUAAGAGUUAAAUGCCCCAUCUUAUUCAAGUAAAACUCAACUACUGCUCCCUGAUUUUAUUUUUUUUAUUAUGAUGAUGAAACGAGUUGACAACUGCUGUUACUACGGUUUUGGAGCAUACAUGCUUAAAUGGUUAUUCUACCCUUGUGGGAGUUUUAUUGAAAAUAAUGACUUUGUAGCCAUGUUGUUGUAACGAGACUGUCUCCUGCAUAACUGAAUACAACGUUUGUACAUAUAUGAAGUUGCUGUAACUUUUUUAUGACUUGAAUUAAUAAAACUUUGAAACAGG